AAAUGUUGCUACAGUUUUAGUGAAACGUGGAACUUUAAAACAAGGAGAGAAUAUCGUUGCCGGUACAAGUUGGUGUAAAGUUAGAUUAAUGACAAAUGAUAAAGGUGAAUCACUUAAGAAAGCAUUACCCGGUACACCAGUAAAAGUUAUGGGAUGGAAAAAUUUACCAAAAGCUGGUGAUGAAGAACUCGCCAAAACUGUAGUUAAUAAUAGGUUAUUAAAAGAAGAACGAGAAAGACAAAUCAAAGAUCUUGAAGUAAUUAAUGAAAAACGAAGACAGCGUAAAAAAGAAAUAGAAGAGAAACAUGCAAGUGCUAGAAAUUUCAAAAAGGAAGUUUGGAUGUUUCAUAGAGGAUUACUUAAAGAAUAUCCAACAAUGGAAUCACCAUUUGAGAAUAAUAAAGAACAAGAAUCAGAAGAAGAGAAAAUUAAACAAUUGAGUGUUAUUGUUAAAGCUGAUGUGAGUGGAUCAGUUGAGGCGGUAGUAAAUUCACUUGAUUCAAUGGGAAAUGAUGAAGUUUGUGCUAAUGUGAUUGAUUUUGGAGUUGGAGAUAUUAAUGAAUCAGAUGUUAUAAAAGCAUCCGCUUCAAAAUCUUUAAUCUAUGGAUUUAAUGUUAAAGCAAAUUCCAAAGUUACAGGAAUAGCGCAAUCUGAACAAGUUGAUAUCAUUACACAUAAUAUUAUAUAUAAAUUAUUAGAUGAUGUAAAAUUAAGAUUAAGUCAGAUGUUACCACCAAUCAUAGAAACUCAUGUUACAGGGGAAGCAACAAUAUUAAAAAUAUUUGAAAUUAAUAUUCGAAUAAAAACCGACAUUCCUGAAGCUAAAAAAGGGUUAGAAUGUGGGAUGUCAUUUGAAGGAUUUAAAGAAUUUAAAGAAGGAGACAUAAUUCAAAGUAUAAUUAUUAAAGAAGUACCACGUAGUUUAUAA